AUGGCAGAAUCUAUCGAAGCUCAGCGGUAUUGGAGGGCUCUUGGUCUCCUGGACGACAUGAAUAAUCACUACAAUGACUAUGACCGACAGAUAGUCACCGAAAAAUUGCGAGACCUGUACUAUGGUACCGUAGAUGGCGACAAGGAUCUUCGGUUUGCGACUAACCGGCGAGCCUUGAAACAGACGCUUGCAUAUUGGUUACGGGAGAUGCCUGACACAGUCAAACAAGUGGAUCGCAAAUUAGGGCUAGAUAUUUUAUACGAGCUGUUCAAGUUAUUUCGGCUUUUCUGGAGACGUCUACCACCACCUUCGCCACUGCCUUCACGGGAAGAGGUGCCAGAGGAAGAAGAGGCAUCAGAUGAGCCGGAGAAAGAGGAGCUUCAAAGGUUUCAGAAGCUAUCUGGAGGGUUCGCAGGGCCAGGAAAGUCAAGAAAACAGGAGGUAACAACCGAGCCAACAAAACCAGGCGAGCCCGAGGUCAAUUUCGAGUACGUGGAUAUGACAAUCUGGAAUGCGCGUGUGAGCAUCGUUCAAGCCAGCCAUCCUAACAAGAAAUUUCUCUCAAAGCUUGACUUGUUCACAAGACAACCAAUCGCCCCCAAAGAUCAAAACCAAGAUGGUCGAUGGAUCAAUGUUUUAAACCUUGAUUUGGGCACCCUGACUCGAGGACUGACAGGCGGUGGAACUAUGAAACCUGGCCAAAGUCUCUGGUGGAGCCCGAAAGCUCACAAAAACACGAACUUUGCUUCUACGGAAGGCCAGACUCGGCUUGCGAAUAAUAUCAGUCUGCGGGUCACCGUGUGGGAAAGUUUCGACGGCGCCUUGGAAGGAUUUCGUGGCAAAAAGGAACAUACUCUCCAGCAUCCUUGGGGAAUAGAAAAACCUAGUUUUACUGUUAUUAUCAGGGAUGACGAUGACGACGAGGGAGAGAGACCCCUUUGA